GCUGCGCGCGCAGUAGUAGUAGCAAUCUUUUGGCGUUUGAAAGUAAGAAAGAUGACAUGAUGUUGUAGUACUAUAGUCAUUUUAAUUCGUAGAUUUCAACACUUUGACAAUAUUCUUUCAAAUAGAGGUGAAAUAAUCAUGCACUCAGAUUAUAACAGUUGUAGUUGAUCUUAUUACAAUUAAUAAUGGAUGCAUUUAAGUGUUCAGACUGUCACAUGACAUUUGGAACUGUUGGCCUUUUACAAAAACACAAGAGAAAGUUUUGUGUUGGAGGAAGUUUAGGUGAUCCAGAUAAUUUAUUGUUAAGAAAAGGACUAUAUUCAGCAGACACUCCAAGACAGAGACCGUUGUCCCCAGACGAUAGGCCUUUAGAGGGUAGUGAGAUUGUCAGCAAGAAGGUAAAUCAACUUAGAGCUUUUAAAGACAAGAGGGAAAAGUUACGGGAUAUAAGAAACUUGGAAGAACGUCUACUCCUGGACAAUUUAGAAGAUACAGAGAGAAAGCUUGGAGAUAGUCCCAGGAGUCCAAGGAGAACAAGGAGUCGUCUCCCCUUGUCAAGACAUCCUGAAGUCAGAGAUCUUCAGAUAGAGUAUGAAAGACUUAAAGAUGAGGAAAACAGAACAGUAGGCUAUGGAGGUCCUCUCCCACCUCCAGUACGGGAGAUAGAAAACAUAUCUCCUAUGUCAGAUACUAGCAUGAGUAUACAUUUACCUGGAGAGAGUAAGCAGUUUGGGAGAUUAGGAACUCAAGAUAUAGGUACUCGAGCAUUAGAGCUUAGAAUCAAAGCGGACUACCCACAUUAUAAUCCAAACCAAGAAGCUCAGCUUCGACAGUUAGCAGAGAACCAUGGUAGACAGAUGGAAUAUUUACAGAUCAAAAAUAGAGAUCUGGAAAAACAGAGAGAAGAUAUAAGGAGACGGUUAGAACAACUUGGUCAACGAGUGCCAGGAAAAAAUAAUUCUGCAGACUUGCUGGCAGAACUUAGAGCUCAGGAGGAAAGGAAUCAGAAAGCUCUAAAUGAUCUCAGGAGACAGUUAUUUGAAAUGGGUUCAAAACGUGUUAAUGUUAUAGAAGUAGAAAAGCCCAUGAAUUAUCCUCAGCCAAUCAUACAGCAGUCUCUUCCUCCACCACCCCCUCAAGAAAAGGAGAGGAAAUCAUAUAUUUAUCCUGUUUAUUAUGGAAGUUCAUUAGUAGCAGAAAUCAGUGCCAUGAGACAAGCUUACCUUCAGAAUGGAGGGAAUGAGAGGGAUGUAUUAGAUCAGUUGUCACAGAUGCAGGCUGAGGCCCAGAGAAUCGAGGACGAGAUGAAGAACACAAACUAUGAUAACAGACAUAGAGAGAAGAAACCAGAUUUAUCUGGGAAGAUGCAGAUGAUAGAGAUGGAGAACGACAGACUACAUAAAGAACUUAUGUUAUUACAAGAACAGAACUUUUUAAAUCAAAAUAAAAGGAAAUCAGACAGAGAAGAUGAGUUAGAGAGAGAACUUCAGAGAUUAAGAGAAGAACAAUUAAGGAAGAUGUUAGAAUUACAGAAUGAAAUAGCUUUACUGAAACAGAGGGCUCUUUGGGAAAGAAGACCAGAUCCCCCACAAGCCCCACCCCCACAACCGAAAAAUGCAGAAAUGCCUUGGCUGUUACAGAGACCCUAUGUUGAUGUGGAACCAAUGCAACCAUAUGAUCAAUAUGCUGGUUUUAUGAUAUUUUAUGACUUUGUACUGAACUUGGACCCACGGACCACAGCAUGUCGAUUGAUAGUGGGUCUGCACGGUACAGGUCAGUCCAUAGGAGAACCUACAGUCCUUCCUACUGUUUACACAGAACCUGCCACUAGAGCAGUGGGCCCUUCGGGUGGUGCCAAUGCUGUAAUAGGAGCCAGACAGCCUGUACCCAAGUGUCCUGCUGACUCAGAUUUAGGUGUUGUUGUAGAAUUACAGUUGUCAGGUGGUCCUGCAUCAGAAUAUGACAAACAUAGUUUGAUAACACGUGCCUGGGUUAAAGUGCCAUUGUUUGAUAAUGAUGCAAAAUUGAUAGCAGGAAAAUUUAGGAUACCAUUUAGAAAUGUACCAAUCAAACCAUUCCUACAUGCUAGUGAACUACAGAAAUUGGAAAAGUUUGACGACGCUGAGUUAUAUUAUCGUAUCGUCAACAUGAGAGAUUCUGAAGUUCAGUCAUUAUUGAAUAUAUCUGCAUCUAAUCAUCAACAAUAUAACCAACCCACCAUUCCAUCGUUGUAUAAAACACCAACACCGGUACAAAACCCUCCUCCCCCUCCCAGUAUUGGAUCUAGAAUGUCCAGCCGAGAACUGCGCUUACCCUCUAUAACCCCAACGGGGGCACCUUUGCUCCCCCGGGAUACAACAAUAGGAUUCCAGGUUGACAGAGUGAAGAAGGCAGAGUUUGGGGAAGGGAAAGUUAGAGUUACAGCAUAUUAUGCUUCCACUGGAAAGGUUGUACAAUCAUCCACUAGUCCUGUUACAUGUAGUACUACAGCUGUUAAAUCUAACUUUAAAUAUGGCUUCCAUGUCUUUGGACAGCAGGAAGCUACCUUUAAUAAUGUAGAUAUGCAGGGGGAUAUGGUUUUAAUCGCACGCUUUUAUUUACGUAAACGACAAGAUAUUGUUACAGAUGAUAUUAUUUUACAUGAUCAACAACAUGAUGCCACACUUUAUGAUGAGGAAACACUUGUUGCAUGGACUGCAGUUCCUUUAGUUAUGUCUACAGAAGAUUUGUCUUUGAGAACCAGAAGGAAUUUCAAUCCAAAUACAAUGAACAUAAAUACAGGAACACACACCCUCAAGUUAUUCUAUCCACCAGUACCUGACAGUACUCAGAUACCAUUUGACAAUAGACCUUACAAAAGUGAUUGGACUCGGUAUGGCAAAGCAUCACUCAGGAUCCACAUUUUCCAAGGCCAGCCACGCCCAGGUUCAUUGACCCCAAGUGAGGAGUCAGCAGAAGAUGGAGAGGAAGUCUUACCUGAGUUUGCCUGGUUACCAUUAGACAGAAAGACACCACCUAAAGAACCAUUUUUGAUUGGAGAUGGAUUUGAUUUAUAUAUAGAUGGAUGUAGAUUUCUGCCUGAUUCUGUCACUUUCUCAAAAGUUGCUGGUCGAGUUUUGGACAGAAAAUAUGGUGUAUUUGGGAAAGAUAUAAAUACGACAGUAAAACUAGACAGUGAAAUAUACAAUCCUGUUUAUGAAAACAAAAUAGAGUUUAGAGAAUCAAAUAUUCCACCAUCAGCUACACUGCUAUUAAAGAUUUAUACGGUAGACAAUUUUUACAAGUCUUUAUCAGUAGUAGGGUAUGCCACAUUGAAUAUAUUUGUAGAAUCUGGUACAGAAAGACAGCCAACAGUUGACCAGCCAGGACUUCAGAUAUCACUGAAUGAAGGAGCACAUCAGUUAAGGCUGUACAGCCAGGGACCAAAUGGUGUUGAUCCACUCUCAGAGACUAGUCUUAGGGAUGCUAAUAUAAGAAUUGUACCUUGUGCUUCAGCUCUUGUCAGGCUAACGAGAGUACCUAAAGGUUCCACAGGAAAAGCUUUAGAGCAAAGUAAAGUACCAGAGACAGAUUGGUUAAGACUUGGACUGUACAUUCCCAGACCUAGGUACACUGAUCGUAUUUACUAUUCAUCCAAAUGUUUACCAACAAAAGGAGAGAGUCGCUUGUUUCACUCUAUGAUGAAAAGACCAUCAAUAUCCAUGAGAGAUGCUGUAGCUAAGCUAGCAAAGGCUAAAGAAAGUUUCUACAGGAGUGAUAAAAAUAUUGAGGAAUAUAUCAGGAACAAGCUUACAAAAGGACAAGACAAUAAAGCUAUAGAUCAGGAUCUGACUUACAUCUGUCAGUAUAAUCCUAAGAGUGGUGUUAAGAUUGCAGUAGACAGUGCCUUAAAUCUACCAUGGACAAAUUUUACACAUGCACACAUCUGUCUUAAUCCACCUGGAGCUUUCUAUAUGGGAGCACCUCAUGCAGCCUAUGAUAAACUAACAUUUACAGAGUUAUUGGACUUGAAGAGUACCAACACUUCACCUACAUGGAAAGAUGGCUUCAAGCAUUUUCCAAGAAGGUCUUUUCACAGAUUCCUUUGUGCCAUUAUACAUCUACAAGAAGUUCAAGUUACCAUAGCAAGGGAAAACUAUAAAUAUGGUUUGCUGGAACAGGCAUGGACAGCAGUCCAGUUAUUUGUAGAUAAAUAUACCUACACAACAACCUUCCAACUACCUCUGUUUCAAGGAGCUCCAACUCCUCAGAUGUUAAAACAAUUAGCUAGAGAACCAUGUAGAGACUGGAUGGAGAGAAAUAUCAGGAAUAAUACAAUUUACCUACUAGAAGGAGCCUCUGUAUUUGUAAGGGUAUCAGAUGGCAGAAGAGAUGAUGAACUGGCUGGUAAUGUGACUGUUAGUAAGCUGGUUGAAGUAAAUACAGAUUAUAUUCCUGCCCAACUUGAAGCUGACUAUACCAGGGAAAGACCAGGCAAGGUGUUAGAAUCUUUUGUUCCACCAGGCAAAGCACCAGAUCAGUUUAAUGAUAGUCUAGCUAUUAAGUUUAAAAAUUUGGUGUACAAAUUAUAUGAAGAUGAUAAAGUCAACAAGUGAGAGAAACUGUAGAUCAACACAUUAAUGGGCUUCCAUGACAGAUCAUCAUAUAUAUGACUGGACUUCUUUGACAAAUCCUCUGUAGAUGAUACAUCAAAACAGAAUCAAACUAAGUACUUACAAUGACUAAAAAUGUUAAAAUGUUGGUAUGGCCACAAUUGGUUUUUGCUGAUUUAUUGUGGAGUUCCAUUAUACAAAAGUUUUUAUGAUAUAUAACCAGUCGUAAGAUUUCCAAAAGAUAGUUUCGAAUUACAGCUUGGCUGAAUUGUUAUAAUCUUUGCAAAACUAAUGAUGAUUUUCAGAUGUUAUUUUUGUAUGUUUUAUUUGAAAAUUACAGAAAAUCUGCAAUAUUUCUUUAUAAGAUCAAAAGAAAAAAUAGAAUUGAUGAACAAAUUUAAAAAUAGUUCAUUGUGGGCUCUCUAGUAUUUUAAAAAAAGUGUAUGAGGUGAACUCCAAUCUUUACUAAAGAUUCAGAUAUCUUGGUUUCUUGACAAAAGGAUGUUAACUCUCGACUUAUUUCAGGUUUUGAUGCUUUUAUUGAUAGAAACUUCCUUGUCAAAAAACAUUUUGCAUACAAUAAAAAAAAUUUAACACCAGAUCAGAAGUAAGAUUUUUUUCUUAGUCUAAUUUCAUGUACUUUUACCAAUCAGAUCAAAUUAGUUGACAUUCUUUAGCUAGAAAUUCAAAAAGUAUGUGUUUUUAAUAAUACAUAAAGUUGUUUUUCAAGUGACUCAGAGAGACAGUUCAGCAGCACUGAUUGAUAUGUAAAAUGAUUGAUUUGUCUUGUUUCUUUUUUGUUUGUUUACCUUUUAACACUAUAUAUAUAGACAUAUAGCCUUUUGUUAGAAAAUGUACCGAUAAACGAUGUAUGACAUGUCCAAAUUUAAUAGAAGAAAGUUCAAUUUAUUUUAAAAAUGGAAAGCAUUUCAAAAUUAAACAAAACAUGUCUUGUAAAAGUUCAAACGUCAUUUAUUCUCUCAUAUGUUCAAAUUGUGAGGAAUUCUAUAUUGGAGAGACAAAAAAUGAACUGUGUACUAGAAUGACUGUUCAUAGGCAGCAAACCAACGAUGAAGAUUUAACAAUCAUCCGGUCUAACGACCAUUUCCAUAUUGUUCUAAUGGACGAUUUUAAAUAUUUCCAUUGUAUAUGGUGAAUCGUCAAAAUGAUUUUCUCCGGAAGAAGAAAGAAGAAUUAUUCAUAAACAUUCUUAACCCUGGAUUAAAAGAUAAAUAAUAUUUUAUUUUUUACUUAAAUUUUAACAUUUUAAAGACUUUACUCAAUUUUUUAAAUGACAUUAAUAGUCUCCCUUGUAUUUGUUAACGUCAUACUAUUGUUAACGUCAAUCAAUUGUUUUGUAUAACACUUAUGUAUACAAGUCACAUUACCUGAAGAUCUGUAAAAGCAGUGAAAGCGCUAGCAAAAGUGAUGAAUUGAAACCGUUAUUAUCUUUUAUUAAUUUUCUUAUAUUAGUUUAUAUUGACAUUAUUUACUAUUAUUAUUGUAAUAUAAUUUCAUUAUUUAUUUAUUUAAGAUUGUACAACCUUUCCAGUGGAACAGAUUAUUUGUGUAUAGAUUAAAUAUUUAUGUUUAGAUUAAUUUUAGUAUGCAAUAUAUUGUUGUGUUCACCAGAAACAUAAAUUGUCAUUUAAGAUUUAUAAUUUGUCAUAUCUCAUCCAAACCCCAAUUUUGAUUAUCUUAGUCUUUUAAGGCAUUCAAAAUGUCAUUGAAUUUUAUUUUGUAUACACAUAUCCUUGUUUACAUUCUUGUGUAUGUAUUUUUCUGUUUUACAUUCCAUGUUUAUGUAUUUUUGUAUUCAAACAUAUAUUUUGUUAUGUAUACAUUCUUUGUGUAUGUAUUUUUGUUGUGUUUAUGUAAUGUAGAGAUCACUAUCAUGUUAUCAGAUUUUUCUAGCCAAUCUCUUCGGCUUAAACACUAAUAGGAAAAUAAAUUGCUACCUACUUUUAUCUUUGGAUCAAAAUUACUGUUUAGGGAUUUCCAUGCAGUUACAAUAAAAGAGGUUUGAUGUAAUGACACAAAUUUUCUCAAUCCAUUUAACAAUCUAUGUAUUCAUUUGUUAGAUAUCAGCAUUUAUUUUCUACAAUUUUUGGCUCAAUAAUUUCCAUAGGUUUCAACUUUCUUGCAUUCGAGGAAAAACUGAACAAACUUCCAUAAGAGCCUCAUUUUGAGUUACAUGUAUCACAAUUCAUAUUUAGAUAUGCAUCUAACCCAAAAAGAUAUUUCGCUUAGAAUUGUCCAGUACAAAGAUGUUCAUGCGAAUAAAAUGUCAUUUUGUGUUUCACUGUUGCUCAUAUUUCAUUGUAUCAACAAGUAUGUAUAAAAUGGCCAUUUAUGUCAAUUAUGACAUGUUUUGGAUGUAAAAUAAUAUCCAAAUUAAUAUUUCUGCACUGAAUUGACCCAAGAAAUAACAUCUUGUUUCUCUAUCAAUUCAAAUUAAAUUUUUUUUUAAAGAAUUGAAGAUUUUUACUGCAAUAUCAGGCAACACAUAAUACAUGGCUCUUAUCAUACACCUUUUUAGGCAGUCUUCAUUAAAGAAAUGUAAUAUUAUACCUUGUGAAUUUUGGAUAAUUUUUGUUUGUUGUUUUUUUUGGCAAAUAGCUUACAAAAAAAGAUUUUUUAUUUUCAUAAAAAGUUCAAUGUAGCACCUAUAUGAUUAUUUCAUGUAUGAUUAGUAGUUGUAGUAAGCUUAAGGUUCCAGUUAUCCAAUGUUACCAAUGUUUUUUAUCUGAUUUAUGUCAUGCCAUGCUUACACAUUAUUUUAUAUUUUAACAUUUUGUAGUGUUAUUGUCCAUAUAAGUUUAUGUUUUUAUGAAACCAAAUUUAAGAAUCCAUCCAUCAUUACAAUCUGGUAAACAUAUUUAUUUGUACUUUU